AUGUACAAUUUUUUAUCUGGUGCAAAGCGAAGCAGUAUUUUUAAAGGAUUUUCUAGGUUUUCAGGCAGUUUGCCAGUGAAAACAUCUCUAACUCAGAAAUCAAUAGAGUAUAUAUAUAGAGUUGGGAUCAGAAAUAAUGAAAUUAAAGAAGAUUUACUCUCUGAAACCAGAAGAAUACAUCCAGAUGAUGCUAUAAUGUCAACAGAUAGAAUCCAAGGAGAUUUCAUGGAAAAUCCUGUCCAAUCUAUGAACGCUAAAAAAUGCAUUGAAAUAGGCGUCUUUACAGGCUUUUCAUCGCUUUGCACAGCUUUAGGGCUGCCGGAUGAUGGUAAAAUUUUUGCUCUAGACAUCAGUGAGGAAUUUACAUCAAUAGCCAAAAAAUAUUGGAAGUUAGCAGGUAUCGACCAUAAAAUUGAUCUUGUAAUAGCCCCUGCACUUGAUACCAUAGCAAGGCUUAGAAGAGAAGGGCAUGAAAAUACUUUCGAUUUCGCUUUUCUUGAUGGAGAUAAGGAGAAUUAUUUGCAUUAUUACGAAAAUCUGCUACCUUUAAUGAGAAAAGGAGGAAUGAUUUUAGUAGAUAAUGUAGCAUUUCUUAAUUUGGCAGCAGAUAACACACAAAAUGAUGGGGAGGCAGUUGGUGUAAGACAAUUGAAUGAAAGAAUUGGGAGGGAUGAUAGAGUUAAGAGUAUUGCAUUACCAUUUGGAGAUGGAAUCUUUAUGGUAACUAAAAAUAGACUAUAGAAAUUGCCCGAGGAUGGUGCUAUUUUGCGCCAUCCUCGGGCAAUUCAAAAAACAGGGAAUUGAACCCACAUGUGGGGCCAUUUUUGGUAUGUGGAGAAUAUUGACUUCACGUACCAAAAAUGGCCCCACACUUGGGUUCAAUUCCCGUGUGGAUCCAUUUUUGAAUUGCUGAGGAUGGCGCAAAAUUGCGCCAUCCUCGGGCAAUUUCUAUAUUUUAG